GAGCUGAGACACUCAGUCUGGCAGUUGCUGGGGGUUUAAAGGAGUUGGUGGAUUUCAGCUGGUUUUAAACAAGAUUGAAGAGGUUGGGUUUUUUUCUUCUCUACUGUGCGGAAAUACUGAAAGGACAAAAAGAUACUGGAAAUAAUGAAAAAAGUGUGCCACAACUCUUGAUCAGAGACCUGCAAUUUGAGAAGAAGUCAUUAGCUAAGCUCAUGUUUUCUCCUGAUCAAGAAAAUCAUCCAUCAAAAGCACCAGUAAAAUAUGGUGAAUUGAUUGUAUUAGGGUACAAUGGGUCUCUCCCAAAUGGAGAUAGAGGAAGAAGAAAAAGUAGAUUUGCUUUAUUUAAAAGGCCCAAGGCAAAUGGGGUGAAACCCAGCACUGUGCAUAUUGCCUGUACCCCUCAAGCAGCAAAGGCAAUAAGUAACAAGGACCAACACAGCAUCUCGUACACUUUGUCUCGGGCCCAGACAGUAGUAGUUGAAUAUACACAUGACAGCAACACAGAUAUGUUCCAGAUUGGUCGGUCAACAGAGAGUCCUAUAGACUUUGUUGUGACAGAUACAGUUCCUGGAAGUCAGAGUAAUUCAGAUACACAGUCCGUGCAGAGCACUAUAUCAAGGUUUGCCUGCAGAAUCAUAUGUGAACGUAACCCUCCUUUUACAGCAAGAAUAUAUGCUGCAGGAUUUGACUCCUCAAAAAAUAUCUUUCUUGGGGAGAAAGCUGCGAAGUGGAAGACAUCAGAUGGGCAAAUGGAUGGACUAACCACAAAUGGAGUUCUUGUUAUGCAUCCCCGUAAUGGAUUUACAGAAGACUCCAAGCCAGGGGUGUGGAGAGAGAUAUCUGUGUGUGGGAACGUGUUCAGCCUCCGUGAAACGAGAUCAGCUCAGCAGAGGGGGAAAAUGGUAAGAGUAGUGACCAAUGUUUUAUGCAGCCUGUUCAAAAUGGGUACAACCAUAAGUG